CCACCACCCCAGGUAGAGAUGUCACACCUCACCGUGGAUGGGGCUUGGACGAGGAGUGAAGGCAUCACGUUGGUGGACACGGGCCACAUGUACCACGUGGUGACGCCUGGUGGCCUCCUGCUCCAGUGGGCCCAUAGCAGUGGAGUGGCUACGCUCCAGUUCACAGAGCCCAGUGCAAGGCAUCAGAGCGUGGGGGUGUGUGGAUGCUGCAACGGGGACCCCAGCGAUGAUUUCACGUUGCCCGAUGGCUCGGUGUUGGGUGUCGGCGAGGACCCCCAGCGCUUCCUGCAGAGCUGGGGGCUGCGAGCCGGCGAGGAGGAGGUGGGCGAGGAGGAGGUGGACGUGGAGGAGGUGGACGAGGUGGACGACGAGGAGGUGGACGAGGAGUUGCUGGUGGAGCGGCGUCGGAACGAGAGCUGUGCAGGAGGAGGCUGUGCUCCAUGCUACGUGCUGCUGAACGGCGCUCCGUGGACAGAGUGUCACCAGAAGGUCCCUCCGGCGUUGUUUUGCGAGCUGUGGGCCCGCGACUGGCGCUACCGUGAGCGGCCGUGCCAGGCGCUGUCCACCUACGCCGCGGCAUGCACAGCCCAGGGGCUGUGCCUGGACUGGAGGAGCAAUCACUCAUGUCCGUUCGAUUGCCCCGAGGGCCUCGUCCACUCCCCCUGCGUCACCGCCUGCACCGCCCCCUCGUGCGUGUUGGGGGGGGCCCCCGUGGUGUUGGGGGGGGGCCCCCGUGGUGUUGGGGGGGGGGCCCUGCGGCGUGCUGGGUGAGGGCUGUGAGUGUGCCAAGGGGACUCGGCUGCUGCGUCCAGACGGACACCCACUCUGUGUGCAGCACAGCACGUGCGAGUGCGUGGACUCUGAGGGAGCCCCCCGCGCCCUGGGCGAGGAGUGGGGGGCCCCCCACUCCCCCUGCUGCCGAUUCGUCUGCAGGGAGGGGGGCCACGUGGUGCCCGCUCCUGGGCCCCCCACGUGCCGCCCCCCCACGUGCCCCCCCCCCCGCCACGUGCCCCCCCCCCACCAGCCCAGAGGCCCCCCCCCACCACCACCCCCCCCCCAGGGCGUGCCCCCCAGGACAGUCGCCCGUGUGGGAAGGUCCAGCACAGAUCUGCCGCUGUAACUUGUCGCGAUGCAGCGAUGUCACCCCCAAGUGUGGACCAGGAGAGAGAUUAGUCCCAGACAACAACAACAACAUCAACAACAACAACAUCAACAACAACAACAUCAACAACAACAUCAAUAUCACCAGUGGAACCUGCUGUCCCAAGUAUCGCUGUGCCCCUGCUGCUGAUGCUCAGCUUUGCCAUCACAGCGCCACCAUCACCCUCGCCCCAGGUCACACGCUCAUCAUGCCGCUCCUCCUGCCAUCACCAACAUCACCAACAUCACCAACAACAUCACCAACAACAUCACCAACAUCACCAACAUCAACAACAUCACCAACAUCACCAACAUCAACAACAUCACCAACAUCACCAACAACAUCACCAACAUCACCAACAUCACCAACAACAUCACCAACAUCACCAACAUCACCAACAUCACCAACAUCGCCUAUCCGCGUGGGAUGCACGCUGGCACGGUGCGACCUGGAGGGGGGGCGGCCCAUCAUCACCGAGAGGCGGAUAAACUGCAGCACUCAGUGUCUGGAGCACCAGGUGUACGAGUCACCCUCUGACUCGUCCGUGUGCUGUGGCCGAUGCCGGAAUGUAUCCUGUGUCCACCCCGAGUCCACCUCCUCCACCACCACCGCCGCCGCUACGCUCCAUGCAGUGGGCUCUGUGUGGGUGUCUGGCUGCAGCGUCUUUUCGUGUGUGGAUGUCCCCGUGGGUGCCAGCGUGCUGCAAACGCAGCUCAGCUGUCCUCCCUUCAGUGAGCAAGACUGUGCCAAGGUGGGUGGCACGGUCCAGACCUUCAUGGAUGGCUGCUGCAAGAUCUGCAAGGAGGAGGCUCGCAGCUGCCAGAAGGUGACGGUGAAGAUGACGAUUCGCAAGAAUGACUGCUGGAGUGCCUUGCCAGAGAGCGUGGUAUCGUGCGAUGGACGAUGCCCUUCGGCGAGCAUCUACAACUACAACGUCAACGCUUACGCUCGCUUCUGCAAGUGCUGCCGCGAGACUGGCCUCAGGCGGCGCCCUGUGGCGCUCUACUGCUCGGGCAACGCCACCUGGGUCUCCUACUCGGUCAACGAGCCUACUGACUGCACGUGCCUCUGGUCGUGACCUUGAGUCGACCUUGACCUUGACCUUGACCCCCCACCCCCCGGGUCUCCUACUCGGUCAACGAGCCUGCCGACUGCACGUGCCUCUGGUCGUGACCUUGAGUCGACCUUGACCUUGACCCCGGGGUCUCCUACUCGGUCAACGAGCCCACCGACCACACGCGCCCCUGGUCCUGACCUUGAGUCGACCUUGACCUUGGCCUUCGCCCCCGGGUCUCCUACCCAGUCAAGGAACCCACCGACUCCAUGUGCCUCUGGUCCUGACCUUGACCCUCAGUGACCCUGACCAUAAACUCGGGAGGCUUGAGACUCGUGAGUCUAGAUUCAGUCGCUAUCACUGACUCGCAAUCAUGUUGUAGUUUAUUCGCUAAACCUCGUCUGUCUUUUACACAGUUAGACGCCUUUUAUAUAUAUUUGAUAUUACGCAAAAACACACACACAUCUAUCUAUGUCAAUGUCGUGUGUGU